CAGAGCUCCGGUUGUCACGGUGGCCGUCGUGGUGUGGUUGUACGCGCCAGUCCGUGAUCGCGCGUGUGUGUUCGACGUUGUCAUCAUCGCUAAAAAAAAAAGAGGAGCAACAGAGGAGUGCGCGCAUGCUGACGUUACAGCUCGGCUCAAGAGGACCAAGCUUUAGUGAAUAACGAUUGGUGAAACUCGGUAAUAACAAUCAAAAGCGAUGGAUGAGAAAUCGGAAAGUGACAAAGUCUCUAAGCCGAGCACUUGGCCAUACAUGAACGUUAGCUCGCUGUCCAUAUCGUUUCUCACAAAAUUGGCAGCAGCUGGUAUCAUUUGGGGAUGGGGAUAUUUCAACUUCAGCAUAGCCUGGUUGAUCGCACCGAUCGCAUUUUCCGUGUGGAAGGGCGAACGGAAAAGGGAUAACGAGCUGAAGACGAUCAUGGCGCAGGCCAGCGUGUUGGCUAAAGAAAAACAGUUGAUCUUCGAUCGGAUGGAUGAAUUACCUUCCUGGGUGUAUUUUCCCGACUUCGACAGAGCCGAAUGGCUGAACAGAAUCCUGUAUAAAGUGUGGCCGAGCAUGAACGAGUACGCCCGCCAACUGUGCAAACAAAAUAUAGAACCAUCAAUCGUGGAGACAAUCAAAGGCUUUCAGUUUGAUCGCCUGGUUCUGGGUCGCAUUCCACCGAGAAUUUACGGAAUCAAAGUGUACGAUAAGAAUACUUCGAGAAAUGAGAUCAUUUUAGAUGCAGAUAUUAUAUAUGCCGGUGACUGUGAUAUUACCUUCUUUGUUGGCAACAUCAAAGGUGGCAUUAAAGACUUUCAAAUGCGCGGCAUGGUGCGCGUUAUCAUGAAACCUAUGCUGUCGGUAAUGCCGUUAAUCGGAGGCGUACAAAUAUUCUAUCUGAACAAUCCCUCUAUUAACUUCAACCUAGUAGGAGUAGCUGAUGUACUGGACUUGCCUGGAUUCAAUGAAAUUUUAAGGAGAACUAUUGUUGAACAGAUAGCGGCCAUUGCUGUGUUACCAAACAAAAUAAUUAUACCAUUAAGCGAAGAAAUACCGGUGGAAUCCUUGAAAACACCCGAACCUGAAGGUGUUCUGAGAAUUCAUGUUGUGGAAGCGAAGCAUCUUAUGAAGAAGGAUAUCGGAGUGUUAGGAAAAGGCAAGUCGGACCCGUAUGCCAUCAUAAAUGUCGGUGCUGAAGAAUUUAAAACCAAAACAAUCGACAAUACCGUCAACCCAAAGUGGGACUUCUGGUGUGAGGCUAUGAUCACUUCAUGCAAUAUGCAAGAAGCCGUGGUAUCUCUUUGGGAUUGGGAUCCUAAUAUCCCAGGGGUACAAUAUGAUGAUUCCCUUGGCAGAGCCACCAUCGAAGUCAUCCGUGUGAAGAAGAAGGGCAUGAUCGAUACGUGGAUCUCCCUGGAGCAAGCGAAACACGGUAUGGUUCAUCUGCGAUUAACGUGGCUGCAACUAUCGAAAGAUCCCGCUGACUUGAAAGCUGCUCUGACAGAGACUCAGGAGCUUCGAGUUACGUCGAUGAGCACCGCCCUUCUCACUCUCUAUGUCGAUUCUGCCAAGAACCUGCCGUGUAUACGAGGAACUAAGCAACCCGACGUUUACUUGGAAGCGAGUGUCGGCGGGAAGACUAAAAAGACAGCUACCGUGCCGUAUUCCUGCGAUCCGGUGUGGGAACGAGGAUUCACCUUCUUAAUCAGUAACCCCGAAACUGGUAUUCUACACAUAAAGCUGACAGAUGAAAAAACCACCAUGAUAGUCGGGGAAUUGAGUUAUAAUCUUUCCUUGCUUUUGGAAAAGAACAAUCUCCAAGUAACGCAACAGCCAUAUGACUUGCAGAUGGCUGAGGCGGACAGCAAGCUCGUAAUGUCGAUGUCGUUGAACAUCUUGAAGUACGAGCAGCCCGAACCUACUUCCGAGGAAGAUGAGGACGACCAUGACAUCAAUCAGUUGAAUAAACGCAUCGAACGUCAGGAAUCUAACAUCAGCAACGUUUUACCUUCCAGUAUACCUUCUAGUCCCCUCAGGAAGCAGCCUUCAAAGGAAUCAAUCAGCAGUCAACCACGCAGUACCGGAUCCGCCGCGGCGGUUUUGCCGGAGGAGCCGGCAGCGGUGGAAGAGGAAUUGAUAAUUAACACCAGCGCUCCGUCUUCUCUAACCGGGAGUCCUCAUCUUAUUCAUCGGAAUAUCAGCGUGACCUCUUCUUUGGGCGAGGCGAAACUGGGCAGGAUACAGUUGACCUUGCGUUACAGCGUGCAGAGACAGAAAUUCGUCGUGGUCGUGCACAAAAUCGCUAACCUGCCGCUGCCACCGAACGAUCCUCACAACAUACCGGAUCCGUAUGUGAAGCUCUACUUGCUGCCGGACCGGUACAAGGAAACGAAGCGCAAGACUGCCGUGAUGAAGGAUAAUUGUAAUCCAACGUUCGACGAGCAAUUCGAAUACGUGGUCUCGCAGGGAGACUUGGGUACGCGUAUACUGGAGGUGUCGGUGUGCACCCAAAAGGGCUGGUUGUCGACCGGGAGCAAGGUGAUGGGUCAGGUCCACUUGAAACUGAGCGAGAUGGAUUUCUCGAAGGCGAUCACCAGUUGGUACGACUUGCAACCGGAGAUAAAAGACUAGAAAAAGAGGAAAAGUAAGUGGAGAUUCGAGCGUCUGUGCGUCUGCCUGUCGAAACAACCGCUUAAGUUCCCACUUGAUAACUUUUACAAACGAUGAAAGUCCGUAGAAAUGCGUAAGUCUAAGUAAGCUUUCGUUAAGUCGUGUCUCACUCUCGCGACCGACGACUUUGUUUUUUUUUUUUUGGCGAGACGAGCUGGUGCUACGCGAGAGACGCGAGUCGUCCGCGCGAAAUGAUGAUCUUGUCUGUUGAAACGUUCGUACUUAUGCCGUCCAAUGGCACGAAAUGAUCUGAUAUAUAAGUAUAUGAUAUAAAUAUAUUAUUACCGCGAUUGCCGCAUAGGGAGGGACGGAUAUCGGCUUAUAGUGGAACUUGAAGCAAGUUCCCAUUGGUGUGUUUAAAUGUUCUGAAAAUGCGAGAGAAAUGAAUUUCGACGAGGAAUUUUUCACGUCUGUUGAAGUUGUCUUCUUCCUGAUGUGCCUAAAGUGAAGAAAAAAAAAAAAGAAAAGACGCUGGGCGUUUGUUUGAAUAACCAAUAUGGCGAACAACGUGAUUCGUUGUAAUCGUGCGAGGAUGUUCUGUAAAAAAUCUGUAAAAUCGUACAAUUAUGAUCGAUAUUCACAAGUAACGUAAAAUUUUUCCGGUCCCCAUGCCAAUCCCCGCCUGACUUUGAUCUUAUUCUGUAUUUUUAAUUGCGUUUGAGCUCAUAAUUAUACCGCAUUCGGUUUUAAAACGGUUUGAACAUUUUUUUUUUUUCGAUACCGCUGUCACAUAACUGAUCACCACCAAGCUCGUAAUGGCUCGCAAUCGUGACAAUUUGACGCACUAGUAACUUCAUCGGAAGGAACGUGUGCAAACCGUAGUGCAAAAACUACUCGUAUAAUUAAAGAAUCGAGAGGUAUUUUCAUAUUAUGACAGUAUUUGAUUUUGUUGUUCACAUAAUCGUUACUCAAAUAUCCAUGUGCAUUUUUCUUUUCCUUUCAUCGUGUUUCAACGCACUGCUUUAUUGUUAUUAACGGAGACGGAUAAUGCAUUUAUCGAUUGCAUAAGCGAUUAAAUGGGUGAUUACCAAUCUCUAUAUACAUGAUUUAUAUUUUAUAGGAUAUAUCUAUAUAUAUAAUAAUUCGGAAGUGACCGUGUGUGGCAUACGUUUAUAUAGUUUUAAUACAGCAUAAUUCGUGAAAUCAAAUUAAUAUAUAUAUAUAUAUAUAUAUACACGCGUUUAUAUCGAAGUUUUUUGCUAUAUUACACAUAUACAUAUAUAAACGUACACCUAUGUACAUCUAUAUUCUGUGACGCACUGUCAGUAAUGUCACGAACUGUUGAGAACAAUAAAUAUUAUUAUACGCAUUGUCAUUACCAAACCGAAUAAUUAUAUCCCGGUUAUGCUAUUAUAGAGAAGAGAGAGACAAUUAAAAAGAAAAAAACAUGUACAUAUUUAUUACGCACACAUCGCAUAGAUCUGUUCGACACAACCGUUACUCUGUGCGAUUCGUAUAAAAUACAUCUUAAUCAACUAAA